UAACACUGUUAGGCUAGCAGUGUUAGAUACAUCCUGAAUCAUAAUAUUUUAUCUUUAAUCUACAUUAUUAUUUAGAGUAGUAUAAGUUUAAUGUUUAGAUUUAAGGAAACGUUAACGUUCCUCUCGACGGUUGCGUUGUAGUACAUGUAAUAUCUUUGUUUACACAACGUUAAUUUAACUGCGCUUUGUAUUUUACAUUUUUUUUACUAUCAUUUAAGUUCCUGAAGUUUUAAUUGCUUUAGUCAUGUCAGCUCACGACCAAAUGAGAGCCAUGCUAGAUCAGCUUAUGGGUACAGGAAGAAAUGGUGAAACAAGUCGCUAUCAAGUACAAUUCAAUGAUCCAAAAGUGUGUAAAAGUUUUUUACUUUAUUGCUGUCCUCAUGAUAUUCUAGCGUCUACUCGCAUGGACAUUGGAGAGUGUCCAAAAAUACAUGAUAAUGCAUUGAGAGCUGAUUUUGAAAAAGCCCAACAAAAGUUUGACUAUUUCUAUGAUGUAGAUGCUACUGAACAUUUACAAGCAUUCAUUGGUGAUUGUGAUCGUAGAACGGAAGCAGCUCGUAAAAGAUUACUUGAAACUCAAGAAGAGUUAACAGCAGAAGUAGCAGAAAAAGCUAAUGCAGUACAUGAAUUGGCAGAAAAAAUAGGUCAAACAUUAGCUAAAGCUGAAGAACUAGGUGCACAAGGUUUAGUUGAUGAAAGUCUAAAGUUAAUGAGUGAAAUUGAAGAACUACGGAAGAAAAAAGCAGAAGCGGAAGAUACAUAUAGAAAUUCAAUGCCAGUCAGCAGUUACCAACAACAAAAGUUAAGAGUUUGUGAUGUGUGUUCUGCUUAUUUGGGAAUUCAUGAUAAUGAUAGAAGAUUAGCUGAUCAUUUUGGAGGAAAAUUACAUUUAGGAUUCAUUAAGAUAAGGGAAAAACUAACUGAACUAGAAAAAAAUUACGAAGAACGUCGUGAAGCACGUCGCAAAUUUGAUGAACAAGAAAGAUACAAAAGAGAUGACAAAAGAAGUAGUUAUAGAUCAAGAAGUCCAGAUCGAAGUGACCGUUAUAAGCGUUCCAGAUCUCGUAGUCGUCAUAGUAGACAUCGUUCUCGUAGCCGCAGUCAUAGUAGAAGUUACAAACAUGACAGAAGAGAUAGGGAUAGACGACGUUAUUAACUCUUUGUAAUUUUAUUUAUUUAUAUCACUGGUCUAUGUUUUUCUUUUGUAUAAAAAUAAUUUUAACAAUACAACACUAGCUGUUUAUUAUAAAAUAAUUACCAUUAUUAUUAAAAAAAUAAGACAAAUUAUAGCUAAUACAUAAAAUAAAAGUUUUGUUUAAUUAAAAUA